AUGUAUGUGGGAUAUAUUUUGGAUAAAGAAGGAAGCAUGUACCACCAAGGGCCCGUGAGACGCUCCAGCAUUAACCUACCACCGCAGAACUUUGUCUCAACUCCACAGUACUCCGAUUUUACCGGAUACCAUCAUGUGCCCAACAUGGAUACUCACGCGCAGUCUUCGGGGGCCUGGGGCUCUCCUUACGGAGCACCCAGGGAAGACUGGAGCGCGUAUGGACUCGGACCUCCGAACACUAUAUCUACGUCUAUGAGCAACUCGUCGCCCGGGCAAGUUUCCUACUGCUCCCCUGACUAUAACCCUAUGCAUGCACCCCAGGCACCGGCAGUAUUGCAACCACCUCCAGAGAAUGUUAGUGUGGCCCAGGUUUCCCCUGACAGAGAAAGACGCAAUUCUUACCAGUGGAUGAAUAAAACAGUCCAGUCGUCUUCCACAGGUAAAACGAGGACGAAGGAGAAGUACAGAGUGGUGUACACCGAUCACCAAAGACUGGAACUGGAGAAAGAGUUUCAUUACAAUCGCUACAUCACAAUCAGACGAAAGUCUGAAUUGGCGGUGAACCUCGGCCUAUCGGAGCGACAGGUGAAGAUAUGGUUUCAAAAUCGCAGAGCCAAGGAGCGGAAAUUAAUCAAAAAGAAGAUGGGUCAGUCCGACGGAAGUGGUGGCUCCGUGCACAGUGACCCGGGAUCUGUCAGCCCGCUACCAGUACCCGGGUCACUGAGUCCAGCGGAUAUUCACGGCUCUCUUUACCCGCCUGCUGGAAUGAACACCUUGCCGCCAAUUGGAAAUAUACAGCAAGUGACGGUUACUCAGUGA